GCCACCGGCGCUGGGCGAGCGAGCGGGCGGGCGGCACACGGGCGGCCGCGGACCGCAACGACGGCGGCGCCCCGGAGCCCCCCAGGCGGCUCCGCCCCGGCCCCCCGCAGGGAGCGGCCGGCCCCCCGCGCCACCAUUGCCUCGCACGGCAAGGAGGACCUGCUCGCCGCCGCCGCCCGGCUCUGGCAGCGGAGGAGGCGGCUGCUGGCCGCCGCCGGGCUCGCCCUGGCCAUGGCCGUCGCGCUGCUGGUCGCCGUGCCCCUGCUGCUGCUGCAAGCGCCCGCCGACACCGGCGCCCACUACGAGAUGAUGGGCACCUGCCGCAUGAUCUGCGACCCGUACAGCGGCGGGCGGCCGCCCGGCCCCGGCAGCACCGCCGCCGUGGAGGCCCUGCAGGACCUGGGCGCCAACCCCCCGCCGCCCUUCGUCCAGGGACCCAAGGGGGAGCCGGGCCGGCCGGGCAAGCCGGGCUCCCGCGGGCCGCCCGGGGAGCCGGGCCCACCGGGGCCGCGGGGCCCGCCGGGGGAGCGGGGCGACGCGGGCAAGCCGGGGCUGCCCGGGCUGGCGCUGGCGGGCGCGGGCGGCGGCGGGAGCGGCGGCGGGGCGGCGGCGGGCGGCGAGGCGGCGGGCGGGCUGAGCGCCGCCUUCAGCGGGCCGCGCAUCGCCUUCUACGUGGGGCUCAAGAGCCCCCACGAGGGCUAUGAGGUGCUCAAGUUCGACGACGUGGUGACCAACCUGGGCAACCACUACGACCCGGCCAGCGGCAAGUUCACCUGCCAGGUGCGCGGCAUCUACUUCUUCACCUACCACAUCCUCAUGCGCGGCGGCGACGGCACCAGCAUGUGGGCCGACCUCUGCAAGAACGGCCAGGUGCGGGCCAGUGCCAUCGCCCAAGACGCCGACCAGAACUACGACUAUGCCAGCAACAGCGUGGUGCUGCACCUGGACUCCGGCGACGAAGUGUACGUCAAGCUGGAUGGAGGCAAAGCACACGGAGGCAACAACAAUAAGUACAGCACUUUCUCUGGCUUUCUUUUAUACCCUGAUUAACCCACGAGUGACACGACACGACUGGCCCCGCCACUGAUGCACAUGGGGCUGUUUGGCAAUUCCAUUACCCCAUCGUGCUGCUGUUCCUGCUGGUGUCCACUGUCUCCGCAGGUCACUUUAGCUUCAUUACCAGUUUGUAUGUUUUUAUUUUCACCCUUGUGGAAACGAAAUAGAAAUGAAACAAACAGAACCCCUUCCUUACUCUCCCCCGUUUCUUCUGACCCCCACUCUCCCUUUGUCUGCCUGAGUGUUUCGUGUGUCACAUGAGGAACUUGGCAGCUUGAAACUCUGAUUGGUUCCAGGAGGGUUUAAAAGAGCCCAGAGUUUGGACUGUGUCACACACGGAAUUUGAACAGGUCACAUUUUUUCAUCAAUAAGUAUUAAUGACGAUGUUGAAUUUUCAGAUCGACUAUUCACGAAGCGGGACUGGAUCAUAACUGUUUUUUCCUCUGCUGCUUUGUAUGGGGUCAAGUGUAAACUUCUCUUUCUGUGCAAUGCAAUGCUCGUGUGAAUGAUGGUGUCAUUAACGUCAAACCUGUUUCUGUCUGCAAAAGAAUUUGGUCAUUGACUACAGCCACCCAAAUACCACAUUAAAUUAUGUUUUUAGACAA